AUGCACUUCAAAGACACCGCGCAGCAGGCGCUCAUCGCUGCUGCGCUUGUAGCGCCUCAGUUGGCGUCUGCCUUCUACUUGCCUGGUGUUGCGCCGACCUCCUACAAAACCGACGACCCCGUACCCCUAUAUGUCAACAAGAUCUCUCCCGUUGCUGCUAUGCAAGAUUACCGACUACAUUCCGUGGUCUCGUACGACUAUUACCAUCCUGCAUUCCAAUUUUGCAAACCCAACGGCGGCCCCAAAUAUGUUUCUGAGAGCUUGGGAAGCAUCUUGUUCGGGGACCGCAUCAUGACCUCGCCUUUCGACUUGCGCAUGCUCAGAAACGAGACGUGCAAGCCUUUGUGCAAGGUCUCGUAUCAGCCCAAGAUGCGAGAGUUUAUCAACGACAGGAUUUUCCAGGGCUAUGCGCUGAAUUGGCUCGUAGAUGGCUUGCCGGCAGGCCAACAGAUUCGUGACGAACUCACUGGCACUACCUUUUACAACCCCGGCUUCGCAAUCGGAGACUACCAAUUCACGGAAAAUGAGGAGGAGGAAGAGAAGCUUCUCUUUAACAACCACUACGAAAUCUGGAUCGAGUAUCACGAGGUAAACGGUAAUGCAAACCAACUUCGCGUUGUGGGUGUUGUUGUCCAACCCAUGUCCUUGGCUUACACUGGGGAGCCCGAUUGUUCAGAGAGCCACCCAAAGCUCAUCUUUGACGACCGUGAGCAGAACCAAGAUGUCCAUUUCAGUUAUAGUGUAUACUGGAAAAAGUCAGACACUGCUUGGGCGACUCGCUGGGACAAGUACCUCCACGUUUUCGAUCCCAAGAUUCACUGGUUCUGGCUGAUCGACACUGCCAUUAUUGUCGUGAUUCUUGUACUGACAGUCAUGUCGAUUCUUGUUCGCACACUGAAGAAGGAUAUUGCGCGAUACAACCGACUUGACCAGAUCAACUUGGACGACCUCAGCGGAACUUCAGCAAUCGAGGAUGGAGUGCAAGAAGACUCCGGCUGGAAGCUGAUUCAUGGUGAUGUUUUCCGCACUCCGUCCCAACCACUGUUGCUCUCUAUUUUGUUGGGCAGUGGUGCUCAGCUUUUCGUCAUGACUGGCUGCACCAUCCUGUUUGCUCUACUGGGCUUCCUGUCUCCAUCCAAUCGCGGCUCUCUUGGUACUAUCAUGAUCAUUCUGUACACUUUGCUUGGAUUCGUCGGAGGCUACACAUCCGCGAGAACCUACAAGGCGAUGCAGGGUGACCAAUGGAAGUUGAACAUCGCAUUAACUCCAGUGCUGGUCCCUGGUAUCGUGUUUGCUGCCUUCUUCCUGUUGGACCUUUUCCUCUGGGUCAAGCAGUCCUCCGGAGCUGUACCGUUCACCACCAUGCUUGUCAUUAUUGGAAUAUGGUUUGUCAUUUCUAUUCCUCUCUCCGUCGCUGGAUCUUGGCUCGGCUUCCGAAGCGCUCAGAUCGAAGCACCUGUCCGCACCAAUCAAAUUCCUCGCCAGAUUCCUCCCGUGACGACCUAUCUGCGACCUAUUCCCAGCAUGUUGAUUGUCGGCCUGCUACCCUUUGGUGCCAUCUUUGUCGAACUUUACUUCAUAAUGAGCUCCAUCUGGUUCAGCCGAAUAUACUACAUGUUCGGCUUCCUCUUCCUUUGCUAUGGCUUGAUGGUGGUUGUGUGCGCGGCUGUCACCGUUCUCAUGACUUACUUCCUGCUCUGCGCCGAGAACUAUAACUGGCAAUGGCGAUCCUUCCUGGCCGCGGGUAUGAGUGGUGGCUACAUCUUUUUGAACUGUUUGCUCUAUCUCAUCACCAAGGUGAAGCUCAGCGGCCUGGCUGGAAUCGUAUUGUACAUGGGUUACAGCGCCCUUAUUUCUUUCCUAUUCUUCAUCCUUGCUGGCUCCAUUGGUUAUUUUGCUAGCUGGUGGUUCGUAAGGAAGAUUUACUCGUCAAUCAAGAUCGACUAA